UCUAGGGAUAUGACCGAUCGCCUCUUACUGCAGCGGUGAACAGUUCAGAAACGAAAGCUAGGGGGACUGUUGCAAAUAACGAUUGAUAAAAGCAAGAAUACAUAAAACAAUCUUCCUUUUGAGUUUCUCUUCUUUUGUAGUAUAACGAUCUACAAAUUCAAAUAAGGUCUGUUCAAAGAGGUGAUUGCUCGAAACGAAGAUAAGGGUUUGUGUAGCACGCAAGUAGACUAGCUGUCUAGCUAACGUUGCUACGGCAAUCUGAAUCACCCUUCUAACUGUUACUGAUUGAUAAUCGACGUCGCUGAUUUAUCGAAGUGCGCAAGUCGUCUUCGAAAUCGGGGUGGUCGACCGUUCGCCAUCCAACCCUGUCUUCCCCCUUGACGCAGUCCGAAGAGUGUACUGGUACAGAGAAUGCUAAAGAAUGAGUCAAAGGGAUACAUUGGUUCAUUUGUUUGCCGGAGGGUGUGGGGGCACAGUGGGUGCUAUUCUGACUUGUCCGCUGGAAGUAGUGAAGACCAGACUCCAGUCCUCUCAUGUCACCUUUUACAUCUCUGAGGUGCAGCUCAGCACCGUCAACGGGGCCAGUGUGGCCCGCAUGGCCCCCCCGGGACCCUUGCACUGCCUCAAGUUGAUACUGGAGAAGGAGGGACCCCGCUCGCUUUUCAGAGGGCUGGGGCCCAACCUGGUGGGUGUGGCUCCUUCCAGAGCCAUCUACUUUGCAGCCUACUCCACUGCCAAGGAGAAGCUGAACGGUGUGUUUGAGCCUGACUCCACGCAAGUCCACAUGGUGUCUGCAGGCCUAGCAGGGUUCACUGCUAUCACUGCAACCAAUCCCAUCUGGCUGAUAAAGACCCGGUUGCAACUGGAUGCCAGAAACCGUGGCGAGCGGCGCAUGAAUGCCUUCGAGUGCAUGCGGCGGGUCUACCAGACGGAGGGAUGGCGUGGCUUCUACCGCGGUAUGUCUGCCUCGUACGCCGGCAUCUCCGAGACAGUCAUCCACUUUGUCAUCUACGAGAGCAUCAAGCGCAAGCUGAUGGAGUCCAAGGCCCAGGCCAGCAUGGAUCAGGACGAGGAUGAGUCGGUGAAAGAAGCCUCAGAUUUUGUGGGUAUGAUGCUGGCAGCCGCCACAUCCAAGACCUGCGCCACCUCCAUUGCCUAUCCCCACGAGGUGAUCCGCACCCGGCUACGAGAGGAGGGCAGCAAGUACCGCUCCUUCUUCCAGACAUUGCUGACAGUACCUAAGGAGGAGGGCUACCGCGCCCUGUACCGCGGUCUCACCACCCAUCUGGUCCGCCAGAUCCCCAACACCGCUAUAAUGAUGUCCACCUACGAGAUGGUGGUCUACCUGCUCCAACGCUAGCCCCUCCCCUUCCUGUCUGGAGAGGAAGUAGGAAGUGACUGACUUGGUUGGGGAUAUCUAAGAUGGAGACCAAAGGAAAACCGAUACUGACCAGAACCAAGAAGAAAGAAGAAGAGCUCCCCCACUAAUUCCCCACCAACAACCCCAACCCCCCCUAAGCCUACAGGCCACCCCACAAGGGGGCGCUAUGGUCUGGGAUGAUAGAGAAAGGAUGGGGUGGGAGGAAGAGAGAGGGACGGAGAGAGACCAUUGGGUCAGUCCUGAGCCUGUCAAACAGUCUCUGAAAGAAAGACGGAAAUCAUUUUGUGGCCUUCAAGAGUUUAGUCUGUCUCUCUGUAGAAUGAAACCAAUCUGCUUUAGCCUGUAUCGGAGAUGACAAUCUGAAAGGGGAAUGCAAGAAAACAAUCGAUAAAAAACAGGCGUCAUAACAACACUAUGAACAUUAUAGAAAAUGUUUAUUGCAAAAUGUUCCACCAGUAGUUCUAUUUGAUUAGAUUAGCACUUUUUCCCUAGGAUUUAGCAUAUAAGCCAGGUAUGGGCAACUGGCGGCCCGCUUUUUGAAGGCCCUUGGAUCAACUUCCCCGAACUCAGUCGGGGUCUCAACUUACUGUUGCAAGUUAGAAUAGCAGAAUACACAAGGUGCAAUUUUAAAAUUAGGUUGUGCAUCAGCAGUUUCUCUUAUGUCAGUCACUGACAGUCAAUCAGCCUAUCCAUGUCAGCGAAAAUGUUUUUGAUUAGUAAGUUAGUCGAGCGGCUGGUGGGCCCGCAUUGAUUUUGUUACAUGCUGACCACACUGCUCGCGUUGCAAAAUAAAUUUACGCCUACAUGUUAUUCAAUCAUUGCACCCACAC